CAUAAGUUUGUAACUCAACAAUAGUCUUUCCUUUUUUUUGAGAUAAACGAUAGAACAAAUAGCCUUUCAAUCCAAAAGAGAAUGGAGAAGAAAAUAAUGAGUUGUUCAGUAUUAGCCUUUGGGUUGAUGAUUAUUUUGGUCCUCAACGCAAGUGCAACUGCUGCAGAUGGCAUAACAUGCGAGGAGGCUUUAACACAAUUGAUAACCUGCCAACCAUACUUCCUUGGUUUUGGCUCCAAACCAAGCCGUACAUGCUGUAAAGGAGCAGAAAAUAUAUCGCAACAGGCGAACACCACUACAAUACGUAGGUCUUUGUGUGAAUGUUUCGAAAAUGCAGCAAAAGCUUUUCAACUUAUACCUGAAAGACUAAAACAGCUUCCCCAACUUUGCAAAAUCCAAGUUCCUGUUCCUCUUGACCCCACUGUGGAUUGCAACACUGUGCCAUGAUGCUCUAUGGAGUUGGAGAUGUGAAAUAAACAAUGGGGAAGCAAGCACGCAACAAAUAUAGCCUGUUUUGUUGUUGUACAACUUAUAUGCGCCUCAUUUAUUUUAAUUAUUUCUUAUAUUUUUACCAAAAAAAAAAUUAUUUCUUAUAUUUGUAACACCUAUUGUAAGUGAAAUGAAUACAAAUAUUCGUACUUUAUUUAUCCAAUAAAAAUAAAUGAA